GGGCAUAUUUUACUUUAUUUCUUUCUCGAACAAGCCAUUCUAUUGGAGAUCGUGUCCAGAGCAACGCUGUACCCAGCGUUGGCGGUGGCAGUGCUGCUUGUCUUUGCGGGGCAUGUGAAACUUCAUCCACGCAGCAAGUAACAUUGUCAGGAGAUCAAUAUGGCACAGCAUUCUGGAGCUAGCUUCAAUUCUCGCUAAUAUUUUCUUCAAAAGCAGCCCGAUAACCCUUUCUUCCUUUUCUACCAAUACACGUGGUACCUUGUCGAAUUACUGUUGGAUCAAUAUGAGCAAUAGCUCUGGUCCUCGAAAUCAUGGAUGUGUCACCAACGUCGCCGGACUCACACCAGCACAAGGUUGGACGGCGUCGAGCUGAGAGCGAGAGCACUACAAGCACAUUGUCCCCUCGAAUGAAACCUGUAAUGGUGGCAUGUGAAAGAUGUCGACGGAGGAAGAUUCGCUGCGAUGGAGAUACGCCGUGUGCCACUUGCCGACGAUUCUCCGUCGCUUGUAUUAGACACAGGAAAGAUAGCAACACACAAGCGGUGUUAGAGCAUCGGGUUCGACAGCUGGAAGAGCAAAUAAUACAACUGAGGACCAAUAUACCACAGGGGCUGCAGCAAGAGUCCCCGAUGCAGCGAAGCACUCCACCCUUGCAUCUGGUUACUGAUUUUGAAGCUCCUUAUCAAUCUGCAUUAGCUGGCCAGCCAUUUGGAGAAGUUCUCCAAGACAGUAGCCCAUCAAAUAUGGAUAUCCCGCGGAUUGAGAUUGUUGACUAUGCCGGUGCGUCGGCAGCUUCUGUACCCCGAGACCCAUCACUGCAGUAUGCAACCUCGGAUGGUUCAAGACCUGCGUUUGCCGCUCUUGAUUGGGGGCUGCUGCCUCCUAAUUAUUCCGCGAUGCUAUCCCCUCCUACGUCCGCUUGCUCGUCCCCCAACUACGAAUCGGUUCCGUAUUUGUCGCCUCCAAUUCCGGCGGAGCCGGCAUCCCGAAGAUCAUCAGUUUCGUCUCUUGGCUUGGACUAUGACGGUGCACCAAGCAUUGAGAUCCCCGGUUUCAUAGAUGAAGAUGGGCAGACGAGCCAGUUUGAGACGUUUCCUAUGUUUGGGGACCAUUUGAACACGAAUGACAGUCCGUACAAUAUCAGUCCAACAUCACCAACAAGGUUCGAGAUGGAGACAUUACUUGAUAUAUUCUUCGACAAUGCAGGGGUAUAUGGAUAUCGAGUGGAUCGGGGUUUAUUCUCUGCAUUCCUUGACGUUAUCGGUUCCCCGACCCCAACCGGGCCGUACCCUGUAUCUAUGGCGAGAUUUCAAGUAUACAUGGCAAUCGCGAUCGGUAUGCGAGUUAAAAUGGAUGGAAAAACAACCGAUAGCCAGAUGCUAGACAACUGCUACCGGCUUGCAAUGCAGCAGACGGAAUCCCCUCAUUUCUGGAGCCAAGAGGGAUCUGUCCAGGCUGCCACGCUUCUUGUUCUCUUUUCUCGAGUUAGUGGGGUGUGAUUUAUAAUUCGAUAAGCUGUCUGCAUAUUCAUCCAAGUUACCCCAAUUAUUGGUGGGUCAUUGUCGGAGAAUAUCAGCAUAGCUUUUAGUCAUGGUCUCUGGUUAUACUCGCCAUGCCCGACGUACCCAAAAUACGAGGGCAACAUCUGGAUGAUCAGCU